AUGCUCUGUAACCUCAACUUGGACGGGACCACGUCCGCGUUUGGCGCUACGGAGCGCAACGCUGUCAACAAUGACAUCAUCGAAAAGUAUGCGUCGCAAGCCUACCGCACGUUGUGUCUGGCGUACCGUGACGUGGAUGUGACCCCAGAAGUGGUCAAGAACUGGUCGGACGAGGAGAUUGAGACGGACCUGACGUGCAUUUCCAUCGUCGGGAUCGAAGACCCGGUGCGUGAAGAAGUGCCGGAAUCCAUUCGCCAGUGUAACGAAGCGGGUAUUGUCGUGCGCAUGGUGACUGGCGACAACAUCGCGACGGCCAAGUCCAUUGCGCUCAAGUGCGGAAUCAUCAGUCCCAACGACGGGUCGCUGGUGAUGGAGGGGUCCGUGUUCCGCGCUCGCGUGUUGGACGCGAACGGCAACAUCAAGCAGGACGAGUUUGACAAGAUCUGGCCCAUGCUUCGCGUGUUGGCUCGGUCGAGUCCCAAGGACAAGUACACGCUGGUGUCUGGGUUGAUUCAGUCGAACGUGUAUCCGCAUGGUCCCCAAGUGGUGGCCGUGACAGGCGAUGGGACGAACGACGCCCCGAGUUUGCGAUGA